CCGUUACGUCCGCGAUCAUCGCCCGCUGUGCGCUGUUGUGGGUUUUGUUUUGAUUCCGUUUUUCCUCCAUCCGCGCGGAUGACGUUCCGGUUUGCGUUUUAUGCAGCAACGAAAAUAAACGCCAAUGCUUGUGCUUGCUGCGUAAUCGUUUCGCUAGCAAUGAACGUGCUGUGAUUUAUGUGCUCUCGUGCGCGUUUUGGGUUACGGCUCGCGUCUGUGUGCAUUUCGGUUGAGGGUUGCUGCUUUUCUGCCAAAGGCUCCAGUUGUUGUUGUUUGCCAGCAUCACCGAGCCCAACACCCCCCAGCCAUGAUACGGUACCGGGUAGUGGCGCUUGUGCUAAUUGUGCUGCUAAUUUAUUUCUUUCGCCUCAUCUUUGCGUCCGGCGGCGACCGAAGCCAGUUUUACCAGAACUGCCUAAAGUUCUGCACGCUCGACAACUGCACGCAGUCUGGCGUAUCGUACAAGAAGGAGCUACAGUGGAAGCACGAUCCGAUCAAUAAACUGCUGCUGUGGACCUGCUACGAUGAGUGCGGCUACGACUGCAUGUGGCGGACAACGGCCGCCUUUCACAACCGCAACUGGACGACGCCACAGUUUUACGGCAAGUGGCCAUUUGUGCGGUUCCUCGGCAUGCAGGAACCUGCCUCGGUACUGUUCUCGGUGGCCAACUUCGCCACGCACUACAAGAUGCUGCAGCGGUUCAAGCGGGAGGUACGCACCGACAGCCCCAUGUACGGCACGUGGCGAGCCUUUUCCUACAUCUGUCUGAACGCGUGGAUUUGGUCCGCUUUUUUCCACACGCGCGAUUUUCCCGUGACCGAGCUGCUCGACUACACGUUCGCCUACUCGAUGGUGCUGGCCUCGUUUCACUGCAUGGUGAUGCGCAUGAUACACCGCUCGUCCAUCGUGGUGCGCGGCGCGUUCAGCUGCCUGUGCGUACUGUUCUUUAUCAACCACUUUUCCUACCUAAGCGUUGGCCGGUUCGACUAUUCGUACAACAUGAAGGCGAACAUUGUGACGGGUAUGAGUGGUGCCCUCGGUUGGAUUUUGUGGUGCUUUCUGCAGCGCAAGAAGCGCCGCUACGUCUGGAAGUGCUUUACCUUUAUCGUGCUGGCGACAUCGUCCUUGCUGCUGGAAAUAAACGACUUCCCACCGAUCCUGUGGACGUUCGAUGCGCACUCGAUAUGGCAUUUGGUAACGGCACCACUCACAAUACUGUUCUAUAGUUUUAUAAUCGAAGACUGCAAAACGUUGCGCAAGGAGCUGGUCGGCGUGCAAGAUGAAGAGAGCCGCAAGCUGCUCUAAUGGCUACUAAGAUCGACAAACACGCAUUGCUAUAUCCGUUGAAGGACAAUAAGACAAACAUGGGCAACACGUGCAACGCGUUCUGGUCAGCGCAAGAAGAACGCAAACCGUUAGUAUCGAUGAUUUGCGCGAUGAUGUAUUUAAUAUCGUUUAGUCGUUGGACAGAAAAGUAGAAUAUUUGUCUACUUUUACACAACCACUUGGUAAAACGCAUUUUUGGCGCAUUCAUUUUUAAUAAGGAUACAUUUUUAUCAAAUUCUUUCAACUGUUAAGCGAUUUAAAAUGUACUUAUUCAGGGCUGGACACACUGUUUAGGACGGCUAGCCGUAUACUCAUUUCUGCGUACUCUUUUCAAUCGUUCCGAAUCGUAUGAAUUAAUUAGCUAAAAGAAAACUAUCGAAUCAAAAUUAUGCCAAAACUUAGUAUCGAAAAAACCAAACAACAUGCAAUUGAAUUCAACCAAUUUACCUUAAAUUUUGGAGCCAAAUGUACGGAGCGAUGGGCCUCCAGCGCUCUUUUCCUGCAGCUAGAUAAGUGUAACCGUAGACGUGUAUGUCAAUUGAAUGUAUAGCUCAGUUUUUGGAAUCACAUAUUUAUCCGUUGUGCGAUCGCGCAGCGACCAUUCUAGUCAAUCUUUAUAACAUUCGUUCGAGCGUUCGGGUUCCGCAAGGGGGAUUUUCAAAGUACAUGGUAAUACAACGAUCGGGUAAAAACUAGAAAACGGCGUGAUGGAGGGCUCCACAUUUUUUUAAACUCUUUUGGAAACUCCCCUCGUGCAGAAAAAUGGCUACAUACUGAUUAUUCGCGUGCGUAUUCCAGGUUUACUCGUAGGAUAUAUUAUAUAGUGCAGACAUUAUACUAGCCACAAAGGAGCAGGAGAUAGUAUUUAAGAGCAAUAAUUAAUGAUUAAAUAUUAUAAACCAAUAAUCUACGAAAUUCGGCAAACCCCGAUGCAGCUGUGCAGCUAGAAUAGGACCACACAAAUAUACAAUACUUUUAAUUCGAACAAA